GGUGCACCGCAGCUGUUGGCGCCAGCGGCAACGACACAGGUUCGAUUCCCGGUGAACAGAGGAGACAAAAGCAGCCACAGCCAUGACAAGACAAAGUGGUCGCCUGCAGAAAAGAUCUGAAAAUGCUCCUGGGCAGAAAAGCAUAGUUUCAAAGCAAAUCAACAGGAAAAAGGUUCAGCCCCUGUCGAAGCUGCAGUGUGAGAAGAACCAGCUGAUUCUUAAAGGCGUCACCAAGCCCUGUGUUGUCGUCGAGAGUGUGAAGGGAGCCCGGAUCGACUCUGACCAGAACGACCAUCACGUCUCCGGCGACUCCUCGGCCCGGCCGUCCCCUCUGCCGCCUCUAGGAUGGGGAUCUCCUGAGGACGUGUGGGUGAAGAUGGUUGGAAAGGAGCAGACCUACAGACGCAGUGAGGGCUUCACGCAGAAACACCCCACGAUACAACCCAGGAUGAGAUCCAUCCUCCUCGACUGGUUAAUCGAGGUGAGUGAGGCGUACACGCUUCACCGGCAGACGUUCUACCUGGCACAGGACUACUUCGACCGCUUCAUGUUGACCCAGAACAACGUGGAAAAGAAUAUGCUGCAGCUCAUUGGGAUCACCUGUCUUUUUAUAGCAUCGAAGAUGGAGGAAAAUUGUCCUCCAAAACUCUCACAGAUGGCUCAUGUGACUGCGUUGACCUACCAUGAGGAGGAGAUUCUUCAAAUGGAGUUAAUCGUUUUGAAGGCGCUGCGUUGGAACCUCUGCCCGGAAACAGCCGUGUCGUGGCUGAAGCUUUAUUUCCAGCUGGCUUCGAUGAACGCCGACUCCGACCUGCUGGAGCCGCAGUUUCCCCGAGACCUUUACGUCCAGAUGACUCGGCUGUUAGAUCUCUGUCUCCUCAGUAUAAACUCUCUGGACUUCCAGUACCGAGUGUUGGCUGCUUCAGUCCUGUGUCAUUUCCUUCAGCAGGAAACAGUUGAAAAGGUCUCAGGUCUGUCGAGAGACGUUCUCCAGCCCUGCCUGAACUGGAUGGCUCCCUUCGUGGAGUCGGUGGGUCGGUUCGGCCGAGCGACACCGGAGGAUUCUGCCAGAAUGAAAGAAGAGAGACACAACAUCCAGACACACACAGACUACCUGACCAUGCUGGAUGACGCCAGUAGUAAAGAAGUGAUCGGUGAGUUCCUCACUCCUCCGAGCAGCACAGAGAAACAGUGAGCUGCUGCAGGAGGAGACGCUGAAGUGAACAGAAACCAACACUGAGUCCUGUUCUCUGGAGACGCCUCCCAUCACAACCAGUGCAGGAAAAAAGACUGUUUACAGGAAUCCAGAGACCUGAUGGGAUUUUUAAUUCUCGUGUGGCGCUGAAAUUUGUUGUACGUUUCCUCCGGGACGAGGUUUUAAACAGAAUCGUAUCGAAGCUGUUUUUGUCUUGACAUUUUGUCUUUUUAGCAGCGAUGUUUUUGUGCUUUGAUUCAGAAAAAAGUUUUUGCUGUAAGUUGUCAUUUCUAGGUGACAUUUUAAACUGAAUGUGCAAUUGUCUAAUUUUUGUAGCAUAUUAAAUAUGUUCAUCGCCAAAACUUCAGGUUGAGUUUAAACAUGAAAUUCUGUUAGAACCAGUCGAGUCUGUGAAAGUCUCAAAGGAAAAACUGACUCAGGGCAUUUAAUCGUCAUGAACUUAUUUUUUUCAAAAGAUUACAAAUGUACAAAUGAGCUGUAUUUAUUUAGAAGUUUAUUUUCUACCACAAAAUAAAAAAUA